AAGAGGCUGUGAUUGUUGGAAAAAUGCCAAUGCUUGCAAGUACACCUGCAGUUUGGAGAGAAAGAAGGUGGGAUGAGUUAUGUGAGGAAAGAGAGACAGAGGGGAGGAGCUGUAGAGGAAGAACCAAAGCACAUCACAUAGUAACUCUGAGUGAACUGCUAGAGCCAGGACUAGUGAAAGGGGCUGUUGUCAAAAGUUGGAAGCCGGUUUAGCAAAGAGUUUUGAAGCCAAGUGACGCAUAAUAGCUGCAGCAAAGACAGGGAGGAGGUUUGGAUAGGACUUACAAGUGCAACCACAACUAACAACCAUGGCUGAUAAUGUGAAUGAAGAGGCAGAGUAUAACAAGAGCAAAGACGAACUGGAUUGGGGAUAUGAAGAAGGUGUAGAGUGGGGACUACAUUUCCCAGCAGCCAAUGGAGAGUACCAGUCUCCAAUCAACCUAAACUCCAGAGAGGCCCAGUAUGACCCCUCCCUUUUGGAUGUGGGCUUGUCUCCAAACUAUGUGGUGUGUCGGGAUUGUGAGGUCAUCAACGACGGCCAUACUGUCCGCAUCCUCCUCAAGUCCAAGUCAGUGGUUACUGGAGGACCUCUCCCCAGUGAUCACGAGUAUGAGCUUCAUGAAGUUCGAUUCCACUGGGGCAAAGAGAACCAGAGAGGAUCAGAGCACACAGUCAACUUCAAGGCUUUCCCAAUGGAGCUCCAUCUAAUCCACUGGAACAGCACACUCUUCAAUAGCCUGGAGGAUGCUCUAGGCAAGAAGAAUGGUGUCCUCAUCAUCGCCCUGUUUGUACAGAUUGGUAAAGAACAUCUGGGGCUCAAGGCUAUUACGGAAGUAUUACAGGAUCUACAGUACAAGGGAAAGAGCAAGAUAAUCCCCUGCUUCAACCCCAACACUCUAUUACCUGACCCUUUGCUAAGAGACUACUGGGUGUAUGAAGGCUCCCUGACCACUCCUCCCUGCAGUGAAAAUGUAACGUGGAUCCUCUAUCGAUACCCUCUCACCAUCUCACAAAUACAGAUUGAGGAGUUUCGAAGGUUGCGGUCCCACACCAAAGGGGCAGAGUUACCUGAGGGGAAUGAUGGAUUAUUAGGGGACAACUUCAGACCCACACAGCCCCUCAGUGACAGGACGGUCCGAGCAGCCUUCCAGUGACUUCAGCUUCGCACCAUUAACCUCACACAGCAUGAGGACCCACCAGUACAGGUGUAAAAGGGAGUGAAGAGGAGGUAUAGAUAGACCUGAACUGCACCUCGGCCCCAUGACUAAGCAUCUCCAUCUUUAUAAUUUGUGUGUGUGUGUGUAUUGUGCAGUUCUUAGACAUUUUAAUUUGUGCAUACUGUGGCAUACUGUGAGUGUUUGCUUUUUGAUGAAUGCCCUGAUUAGAAGUUGUUUUAGUCUUUCAAGAGGAAACAUUAACCACAAAUGUUCACCAAUUUACUUUCAUGCUUAACAAUGUAGGUUAUGUACCAAAGACCCCUAAACAAAACGUCCAUGAUUACAACAAUUAAAUAUUUAUGUGUUUGAAAAGCUAUUUAAGUUGUGUUUUGGUUAUGAUAGAUUUGGUAAAAGUAACAUAUUUGUUGCUAAAGGGUUCAAACAGAUGCUUACCAGAACUAUUGUCAUGUGAUUUAAUUGGUAUUUUUGAAUUUCCAUGUCAAUUUUAUUUCUAAAUUUUGUUCUUUAUUAUGUUUUUUACAGUAAAAUUCAUAUAACGUUGUGUUCUUUCUAAAAUAUAAGACAUGUGUAUGGCAUUUUAAGGUACUAUGCUUCAAACUAAACAGAAAUAAACUGUGAGAAUUUAAGACUGUUACAAAAUAAACCGCUAAUGGACUGAAAAAUCUGUGUUGUCCCAUUUAGUAUGUUGUUGCUAAAAUGUACUCAAUACUCAGGUCUCUGCUCAGGUCUCUGCACUGGCUUCCUGUAGCUCAAAGAAUAGACUUUAAAGCAGCUCUGCUUGUGUAUAAGUCUUUCCAUGGCCUAGGUCCAAAGUAUAUCUCUGACAUGUUAGUGCCAUAUGAACCAUCUCGCAAUUUGAGGACUUCAGGGACCGGCCUCCUGCUGGUGCCCAGAGUCAGGACUAAACAUGGGGAAUCAGCGUUUCAGUUUUAUGCAGCUAAAACUUCAAACACUCUUCCUGAAGAUGUGAGACAGGCCUCUACUUUGACAAUAUUUAAAUCCAGGCUCAAAACGGUUCUGUUUAGCUGUGCAUACGACUGAAAGGUUUUUAUUCUGCACUCUUCUCCUUUAAUGGUAAUUUUAUGAUGACAAAAAAAACAUGGACUGAUGGACUUUUAUUAGACAUAGUAAAGUGACAGGAAAGUAUUUGAGAAGUGACAGGAAAGUUUUUUGUAAAGUAAUGGGAAAGUUCUUAAACUGAGCAAGACAGUGUUUAAAGAGUGCGAGAGAGAGUUUUUAAAGGGUGCAAACAAGUGGGUGAGAGAGUUGCAGAUUAUUUAUGUUUUGAUUUGUGUGAUUUUAAUGUUUUUCUUAUUCUGUAAAGCACUUUGAAUUACAUUAUGUACGAAUUGUGCUCUACAAAUAAACUUGCCUUGCCUUG